GCGCUGUUUGCGGGAUUUGCUGGAAGAAGCCGCCUGCGUGUCACUGACGCUCGCCGCGUCAUGCAAAGAGGGCGCCAAACGUCACGUCAGGUGGCCGGGGGCCCCCUCCGCACACGCUUUGCAAAAUUUAAAAGCAAAAGGCUCAAAGUGUCCCCUGCGUGUCAAAGCCGCUUGCUGACGUUUGCUGUAUGUGACGUGCGGAUCAUGAUCUUGCAGGGUACGGCGGGCGGAGCAGCCAUCACUUGCCCACUGCGCUCGCUGCCAGCUGCCUGACCGCGUUCGCCUUGUGCCCUACUUACCUACCUACCUGUCGCCGCCGCCAAGACUUGUUGCGGACUCCGUGCCUGCUUGGAGAGAGAUCGUCUGCAAUGCUGAACCCCAAGAUGCAGCUUGCACUUGUGCUGCUCCUCGAGUUCUUAUGCCUCGCUGCUGCUGCUGCUGCUACCGCUGAAGCCGCACCCUGCUCGUGCGAUGCGGACAACAUAUGCACCUGCAAUGUGGGUCAAAAGCUCGAAUUGCUUUACGACGUUCCGACUUCCAACACGAUCGCCUGGAAGAAGGAUGGAUCAGUUCUCUCCGACACCUGGGCAGUCGUCGACGCCGAUGACUCAAAUAAGAAGGCGACGAUCACAUCACUGAAGACCGGCGACGAAGGGACAUACGCGGCCAUCGACGGGACUUCCCUUGCUGACUGUAAGGUGAAGGUGUUCUUUGUCAAGAUUGUGGAAAAGCCAACCUCCAAUGUCCAGGUCAAACGUUACACUGGUAACUCUGUGGCCUUGCACUGCUCCAUCAACGAGAAUGAACACUUCAAAGACCUCGUGUGGAAGAAGGACGACGCUCCGGUCGGCCAUGGAGACUACAUUCUGGGCAAAGCGGUGAUGAUCGUCAGCAAACCCGACCCAACCGUCAAGGUCGAAUACGUUUGCGUGGCCAAACAAUUCGACGGCACUGAGAUGUCAUCCUUGGCCUUGACACUCAAGGACGGCGAUGUCCCAGCAGAUGCCGAGUAUACUGCCAAGACAAGUUGA